CCGGAAUACGGGCGAGGAAAAAAAACAACGGGCAACAAGUGACGCUCCUUCCGCGUGCGAAACUGCGACUCUUUGUCCACUCCCACACCUCCCAAACACUCGCCAAGCCACAGAAACACUCAGGGACAAACAGCUCUCCUCCAAAGCUCUCACCUUCAGCAGCAGCAGCGGCUCCGGGCGCCUCGAUCAGCAGCAGCUCUGCAGCCGUCACACACGAGUCCCUCAGCCCCUCUUGACUCAGCUUUGAAAAUCUCGAAAAAGUGACGAGGAACUUGUUUUUUCUUCUAUUUGUGUGAAUCACACCUUUUAAGAGUGGUCGGUGGAUGGUGCGCGCGCGCUCCUGGACUGCGCUGGCCAACUCCAGCAUGGAGAAGUACGAGAAGAUCGGGAAGAUCGGCGAGGGCUCGUACGGAGUCGUGUUCAAGUGCAGGAACAAAGACACGGGUCAGGUCGUGGCCAUUAAGAAGUUCGUGGAGUCCGAGGACGACCCGGUGAUCAAGAAGAUCGCGCUCAGAGAGAUCCGCAUGCUGAAGCAACUCAAGCACUGUAACCUGGUGAAUCUGAUUGAAGUGUUCCGGAGAAAGCGGAAGCUGCACCUUGUGUUCGAAUACUGUGACCACACUGUCCUAAACGAGCUCGAUAGAUACCCCAGAGGCGUUCCAGAGCACCUGGUUAAAAGUAUCACCUGGCAAACUCUGCAGGCUGUUAACUUCUGCCAUAAACAAAAUUGUAUCCACAGAGACGUGAAGCCAGAGAAUAUUCUCAUCACCAAACAUCAGGUCAUUAAGCUCUGCGACUUUGGCUUCGCAAGGAUACUCACUGGGCCCUGUGAUUAUUACACAGACUAUGUGGCUACUCGAUGGUACCGCGCUCCAGAACUGCUGGUGGGGGACACUCAGUAUGGCCCUCCAGUGGAUGUGUGGGCAGUGGGCUGCGUGUUUGCAGAGCUGCUCUCUGGCUCCCCCCUGUGGCCUGGCAAAUCUGAUGUAGACCAGUUAUAUCUCAUCAGGAAAACUUUGGGUGAUUUGAUCCCCAGGCAUCAGCAGGUGUUCAGCAGUAACCAGUUUUUCAGUGGAGUUUGUGUUCCUGAACCACAGGAAAUGGAGCCUCUGGAGCAGAAGUAUCCAAACAUUUCCUACCAGGCACUGAGUCUGAUGAAGGGCUGUUUGCGUAUGGACCCUGCUGAGAGGUUAACGUGUGAGCAGUUGUUGGAGCACCCAUACUUUGACAGUCAGAGAGAGGAGACAGAGAGUGCCACACGGGAGCUGGAGAGAGCACGGAGACGAGCACAACGGCAACCCCGCAAACACCUUCCCCCGGGGUACUUACCUCAGCUGACCAGCAGCAGUAUCUUCCCAGCUGUGGACAACAGGAAAUACUACAACAACCUGCGCAAACUCAACUACCAUUUCCCCAACAUCUAACACUCUUCCUACUGGCUUACACACUCCAGUCUGCCCCCAUAAGCACGUAUACAUGUUCAAAACCUUCAUCUUACUGUGCUGCAGUCUAAGAGACAUAAACACACAUUCUCUGCAGCACCUGCCCUGGUCUACACACUCUCAGGAAAAGAAGGCCCUGAGGUGACUUGGCUGAGUGAAAACACCUCACUCAGGGAGUCUCUGUGAUACAGCAGGUGUGUGUGCAUGAAAGACUGACUGCAGAGAGUAGAAUCUGCACCACUGAACUGCAGCUACACUGUCAGUCUAUGCACUGCUGUAUUCACCCAAUGUAUCUUACUAUUACUGCAUAUGACUUCAGACUGUGUCUGUACUCCAAGUGUGUGUGUGUGUAUGUGUUUGUGUGUGUGAUAGACAAGGAGCCUUGCUCUGCAUGUAGAUACACUGAUCUGAGUGCAACACUGCCUUUCUGAUUGCCAAAGUGCUGUGAGAGAGUCACACACGGUAAAAAUAUAACAACGACCCUGUUUAGCGUGAGACUAACACAGCUGUAGAGGAUACGAGUAAACUAUUAAGGUUCUUUUAAAAAUGACAGUUACAGGAAUCUGAUGAUUCCUCUUAUUUUUGUGUUUAUUUUGUACUCUUUUUCUAUCUCAUUCACUCUCUUUGUACUGUUUAAAUCCCUGUGACAGAUGGAGAACAGGGGAGCAGAAGUGUUCCUUCUCCAUAUUCCCUCUCUGUGAGCCUAAUCAUAACUUUUUUAUUCUAAUUUUAAAUCCUCAGCUGAUUUUGGAGUGAAUUACUGUGAAUUUCUGAUUCACAGAAUCUUUCCAUUGAUUUAAAUUGUAAUUAGAACUAUUUUGGACAGGACACUUUUAUUAGGCCUUAAUUCAACAACAUUGUUGAUGCUUUGACAACUAGUGCUAAUGAUUUUCUAGCCACUGACUUGCACCUUAAGCCAAACACCUGAGACACAAUCCCAUCACCAGUCUCUCUUCCACCCUCAUAACUCUAACUCACUUCUGUUCCUCUGUGUAAGUAGCCUUGUGUGAUAUUUUGUGACUUGCGGGUGCUUUUUCAAGAGGAUGAGUUUAAUAGAGUGACGGAGUAAGGAUGGGAAAAUGACUUUUUUUUUUUAAAGUAGAUCUAAUAAAGAAAUAAAGAUCUUUCAGCAGU